AGAGAGAGAGAGAGAGAGAGAGAGAGAGAGAGAGAGAGGUGUGUGUGUGUGUGUGUUUGGGUUUGUUGGUGGUGAUGUUGGCGAAUGAACAGCAUGGCAAACAUCGCGGUCCAGCGGAUCAAACGGGAGUUUAAAGAGGUGUUAAAAAGCGAAGAGACGAGUAAAAAUCAGAUUAAAGUGGAUUUAGUGGAUGAGAAUUUCACAGAGCUGAAGGGUGAGAUAGCAGGACCACCAGACACGCCGUAUGAAGGUGGCAGAUAUCAGCUAGAAAUUAAAAUUCCAGAAACAUAUCCAUUCAAUCCACCAAAGGUUCGGUUUAUAACAAAGAUCUGGCAUCCCAACAUCAGCUCAGUAACAGGGGCGAUAUGUCUGGAUAUCCUAAAGGACCAGUGGGCAGCGGCUAUGACCCUCAGAACAGUUUUAUUGUCACUUCAGGCUCUUCUGGCUGCGGCAGAACCCGACGAUCCACAGGACGCAGUAGUUGCCAAUCAGUAUAAACAGAAUCCAGACAUGUUCAAGCAGACGGCUCGACUCUGGUCACAUGUUUACGCAGGAGCUCCGGUCUCCAGUCCAGACUACACGCGCAAAAUAGACGAACUCUGUGCUAUGGGCUUUGAUAAAAACGCAGUAAUAGCGGCAUUGUCGUCAAAAUCCUGGGACGUGGAGACGGCGACAGAACUGUUGCUAAGCAACUGAGUCCAACCUGAGGGGCCAAAGCACCUUAUCUGACACCUCCAUCCAUACUUUCAUUCACCUGCUCAUCCUCAGUCUAUACAUCCUUCAUCUCUCUCUCUCUCUCUCUCUCUCUCAUCUCUUGUUCAUCAUUUUACCAUUUCUUAAAAAAAUAUUUCCCCCACAAAUGAAAAUUCGGUUAUCAUCGACUCUCAUCCGGUUCAAAACAGUGAAAGUCGAUGUUUAUUUAUACUGACUGCUCUCUCUAUCAUUACUCUCAAAUCUAAUUGGUUAUCACGUAUGCUCGGACUUGCUGUGCUGUGAUUGGUCACUUGAUACACAGGAGUAAUUUGAAACCUUGUGCGACUUUAAAUGGUCUUUUUAAAGCUAAAUUUAUGGUAAAUUAGUUAUGGCGUAUAAAUCACUCUUCACUUUUAUUGAAGUAUAGAAAACAAAACCUGUUGUGCUCCACGGAUGAAAGUCUGGUACAGCGUGAGGCCGAGUGAAUGGUAAGAGGGCUUAAAUUAUUCGUUUCAUUUAUGUCGGAGACGACUUCUGCUCUCUCUUUCAUUCUCAUGAUUUUCAUUGGUUUACUGGUUUUGUUUUUGUGGACUUUCUCUCCACUUCUCUCUAAUAAUCUUCAUCAGAACUGUCGAACAAAUUCUAGCCCCGCCUCCAGCUCACGUAACCAAUCAGCACUGUGGAUUUUCUCCAUCCUGCACAAUCUUUUCUCCUCCCUAUUAUUCAGUAAACCUUUUAGAUGAAUGAAAUGGUCAUUUGACUCGUACGGAGUAGAUAUUAACACAAUCAGUCCUGGAGAAACACACACACACACACACACCUGCUCAAUAUAUCAAGAGUUCAUCUGUAAAUAAAAAGCUAUUAAAGUCUGUAUAAAUGAAAGCAAUGUGGCAAUUAUUUAUUACUGCUUUGUGAAGUAGUGAAAUAAACACUAGUUUCAUGGCCGA